GACCCACUAAACACACUCACACACUCGAUCACUUCGUGCAGAGAGGACUACUAUGACGCUCAAUCUUUUCGGAAUAUAAACGCUAAUCUCAAGGAGCUCGGCCAGGCUUUUCAACCAGGGCUCGUUUGUUGUGCGACUGGGAAAUUAUUGUAUUUUAAAAGGGAAGGGAGAAGCCAUGGCAGAGCACAUGAUGAUGCCCGUGAGCCACGGCCAGGCGAAUGGCAACCUGCAUGGUUACCGAAUGGGCAUGAACGGCCAGCAACACGCUCCCCAGCCCGGCCUAAGAGCCAUGCCCAAUGGACAGAUGAUGCAUUAUGGGCCACAGGGAGCCAUGCAACGGCCUAACAUGGUGAUGAAUGGGCAAAUGAAUGGAGGAGCGAUGGGUCAUCACCAAAUGCAGUCAGCCAACAUGAUGUACAACAACCAGGGUCAGCAGCAUCAACAGCAUCAUAUGCACCAGCAGCACCAUCAAGGCCAACAGCAGCAGCAGCAGCAGUACAUGUCUGGAGGCCUCAACUCCCAGCAGCUCAUGGCUAGCAUGCACCUGCAGAAACUGAACACCCAGUACCAUGGGCACCCGCUCGGUGCCAUGAAUGGGCACCACGUGCCAAACGGAGCUCAGUUUCGUAUGGGUCCAGCUCAGCUGGCCAACGUGCAGCACAUGGGUGGUCCUGCACUGGGUCUGAAUGGCAUGGAUGCUGACCUGAUUGACGAGGAGGUUCUCACAGCGUUAGUCAUGGAGCUGGGACUGGACAGAGUGCAGGAGCUGCCAGAACUGUUUCUGGGACAGAACGAGUUUGAUUUCUUACCAGACUUUGUCAGCAAACAGCAGCCCAGCACAGUCAGCUGCUGAGGUGUGUAGAAUAAGACACUGAAAGGGUGAACGAUGCAGUAAAAAGGUGAUAAUUACCCUGUUCAUAGUCUUGGAGAGAACUGUCUCUGCAAAGUAGAGAAGAACGGGCAGAUGUUUCUCUGGUUCACUACUGGAAAGAGUGGCGAAGCUCCAGUCAGAGCUGUAUCCCUGUUGGGAUAGGGUAGUAAAAAUAAUACUCCCGCCCUUCCAGACAUGAAUGUAACAACAUUGCCGAACUAUGAGCUUGGUGCAAUGUAACGUGCUCUUAGUUCUCAUGUCAGUUUUGCAUUCACAUGUAACUUAUUUAUAUUCACUCAGUACCAACAUAGAUUGCAAAGCUUUGCUGAGGAAGUUCUGUGCAGGAUGUUGUGUUGCAGUUUUGAUUGGGGGAUGGGGGUUGGGCUUCUAAAAUGUGUAACUUGAGGCUCUGUAGUCUUAUGGUUUGGUGUUAAACUGGGAGAUUCCCAUUUGUAAUGAACUGGUCACCAACAGUAUUAACUGGAUUAAUCAGCUAUGUAUGUGCUCCAUUACAUGUACCAAGCAAACCCAUAUGGAUAUAUUCCAGUAUCUACUGUGGAUUUUGCCAUCAUAAAUGUAGAACUGCCUUAAAUCACAUAGUUUUAAUUUAUUUGUUUCAUUGACCUUUGAGGUUAAGGGGGUUAAACAUUUUGGCUUUGCUCCUUUUGUUAAUAAAGAUGGCCAAGUUUUACCUUUUUAUGUUCUUCUCUGAAUUUACUGGAAUAACAGAGAAUGCUGCUGAAAUCAAUAAAUAGGCCAUGAGUUGCCAUCUUUCAUCCUUUGUGGUAGAGGCUUUAACAGUGAUUAUUCUCCUUAUUUUUAGUCCAGGCAUGAUUUCAAGAGUGAUGCAUAUACAAAAAAAAGUAGGCAAAAGCCAUAUUGUCUGUCUUAUUCUGCUUCUACUUGACACCAAAUGGUAGCCACUAGUGUGCACUGAUCCUCUCGCAUGCUAGGCAUCUUUAAAGAUGGUUUAAGGUUUAAUUCUUGUUUGUUCUGCCCACUUAUCUGAUCUAUUGAUCAAACGUGAUCUAUUAGGUGUAUAUUUUGACUUUGUGACCCAUAGCCAAGCAGAUUACCACAUAAUGUAUGUUUUUACUUUUAAACAAAUGGUGUAUGUGUGUGUGUUUGGUUGGUGGGGGGGUAGGGGUGGUCAGCGAGAACAGUCCAGGUUAAUCUGUGCUUACCUUGACACCACAGGCUCUUCAGGCCUGCAGAUUUUGUAUCUGAGAACAAAGAGCAUGGAUUUCAUUUAUGGCCAUGUCCUUCUCGACCUUCCGGAGGGGGUUGCAAUGGCAAGCUGUUAACGCUCCUUUGUCAUUUCCUGCUUCUCAAAAAAAGGGGGGGGGGGUAGAUGGGGAACAACAGGGCAGAGGUUAUGUAGAUGCCAAUAAUGAACAUACUUCUCUAAGGAGAACAUGCAAGCAAGUUGAAGAUGGUUUAAUUGAAGACUUUCAGUUUCUGGAUCUAGAACCCUAGAGCUUGUUUAUUCUGCCUAGGUCAGCCAAUUUGUGUUGUGCUUGAGGGGUGAACUGUAAUGCUGUCACAAUGUAAAUUUACAGUAGGCUUACUAUGUAUAAUUGACUUUUCCUGGCUUGACAUUUUAUUCCUUGGGAUGGCAUUUGGAAGCUAAGCUGACCCCGGCUCAUGGCUGCCUAGAUAUCAGGGUGGAUACAAUUGGUCCUUUGCCUUUUCUCUUGCUUUUGUCUGAAGAAAAUGUAUUUAUUUUAAGCAAUAAUAAACUAUUUUAUUUAUGGAACAAAAUCUCUUUUGGCUAUUGUGUGGUUAUUCAUCAGAUUGAGAGUUUUCAUGAUUGAUAUAUAUAUCAAUGUUAAUUGCUUUCAUGUCAAGCACUUAAAAUCAAGGUGUGAGGUUUACAAAUUAAGAUCCAGAGUUUUUUUUCGAGGCUUUUGAAGUGAAUGGUAGGGGUUUUCUGCACCAAGCUGCAUCACCAGUUUCUGCACCUCUGGGGAAUUCAGCUGCUGUUCUUGCUUCUCACUGCAAUUUGAAACUUGCAGACAAGAUUGUGUGAGAAUUAGAAGAAGGCAGGGCUCGGCAAUGUAACGGCUCUUGCCUUUCUGUUCUAAGUUGACCCAGAAUCUAAGAUGACCAUUUCCCACCCAACCCAUGAAUUGUCUGCUGGAUAGGAAAUGGGCGUGAACGUUUUAUUACACACCAUAGUUGUCUUAGCUCAGCGUAAAGCUUGAGUAAUAUUGGUUAGACAGCUAUGCUUGCAAUGGCUAUAAUUAUUGUGCAUCAUGAUGAUCGUUAUCCUUGAAAUAGUUUGUGUUCACUUUUGCAUGUGUCAGUUUUCGACAUUGGAGCUUGAGUAGACACUGACUGUGCAGGGUGUGACGGCAGAUAUUUACAGUUAACUGGUGACUGUUUUUCUCUUUCUCCUGCCUGUCUUGAGCCACCCACAACAACCGCUAUACACGCUUCCUGUGAGUGCUUAGAACAUUUUCAGUCUAAAUCAACAGCUAAAAACCCACCAUAGUAAAACAUGGAGGUAUUAACAGAGUUACAGAACAACCAGUAAAAAAGUGUAAUCAUAAAUGACAAACUUGUUUUGGUCAUGGUCUGGGGAUUUCUCCAUGGGGUUUACCCCAAAGUUUUAUACGAUCCCAGAUAGGGGACCCCUGAAAUGGCAAUUUGGUGUUUCCGGCAGUCGUACAGGGCUUGAUUUCCAGGCAACACACUAAAUCUUAUCUGAGUCACCUGGUGUCCCCAUCCACCCACUCUUCUCAAUAAGUGAAAAGAGAUAAGUACUAGUGUUCUUUAAACACACAUAUCAAAACACUAUUUCCAAAGACUCCACAAUGUUGUCACUGAAUUUAAAUAACUGCUGAAUAAAACUACUGUAAUAGCAUCAAUGAUGGUCCUAACUGCAUAAUCAAUGAAUGAUAAAACCACUGCUGUUCACAUCAGCUAUAUGAUGUUUUCCAUUGA